CUUCUGGUUUGCAGAAUAAUACAAACUAUAACAACGGUAAUAAUAACAAUAAUAACAAUGGUGCUUCUAAUUCGUCCCGACCGCGAUUCAGCGCUGGCAGCGGUAGUGGUAGCCUUUCGUUGACGGAUGUAAAGACGUCAGAUUUUCAGCUUCAUCAACAGCAGCAGCAGCAACAGCAGAGACUAGGGAUGUCUGGAGGUGGUCAGUUGGGCUACCAUUUGGACAGGGGCGGUGCACUGACCGCUUCCGGCCGCUCGUCGCGUCAGAAGGUGCCCAACAGCCAGUUCUACAGCCGAGAAAACAGCCAGGGAGAGCUGCAGGUGCGGAAGAGGUCGCGGGGAGAGAGAGACAGGCUGAGGCAUAUGAGACAAGGAGGCCGGCGGUACACGGUGCAGGGCCUGGGCCAGCAGGGGGCGGGUCUGUAUGACGACAGUCUGUCUGAGCCUAGCGACAACUCCAAGCCGGAGGUGCCCGAAGACCUGGUCUCUGUCUACAAGAAUAUGACUAAAGAAGAACUGCUGCGUGUGAUGAUCCAGACAAAGGCCCAAAUGAUCCGCAAGGACCAGUACAUCAAGGACCUGGAGAACUACAUCGACGACCUUCUGGUGAGAGUCAUGGAAACCACGCCCAGAUUGCUCAAUAGACCCAACCCUUUCAGACUCUAGUUCUUCUGUGACUCAGAGUUUAGCUGUUCUAAGACUUAGACUCUAGCUGUUCUCAACAGUCUGUACCGACCCUUAACUGACUGAGUUCUAACUGUUCUGAAGAGACUGAACCCUUUCAGACUCUAACUGUUCUAAAACUUGGGCUCUAUAUUAUGUUCUAAACAGAUCCAGACUCUCUAUUUUCUAAGACUCGCAUUCUUGCUGUUUUCAACAGACAUAAUCCUUUCAGACUCAAGCUGCUCUUAAAGAGAAUAAGUUCUAGCUGGCCUAAACAGAUUUAGACUUCAGCUGUUCUAAACAGACCCCGCCCUUUUGAGCUUUAGCUGUUCUUUACAGUCUUAACCUUUUUGGGUUUUAGUUGUCCUUUAUAGACACAAUCUUUUCAGGAUGUUUAAGGGGCGCCAGACAAUGGCCCAGGAAGGUACUAAUAGUCUCUUAGAGUAAAGUGUUGAUGCUCCUUCAUAGAUUUGGGUCUGUUCUUUUUAACGUUUAGGCGUGGUCAUUGCCCUCACCAAGUCAAAAGAUUGAUUGAAAUGUAGAUUGGGCUAUCCCACUUUAUAUUUAUAUUUUGAUGGUUUAGGAGUAUUGUUACAAGGGACCUGUGGCUAUUUUUGACUUACUGCAAGACUGAAAUUCUUGUUUCAUUUGGUAGAUUCAUAUGUUGAGUCUUGAAGACACACACAUUAAGACAUUCCACAAAGCCAUAGUCUUUUUAUUCUUGUUUUUGUUUUUUUCUUCUUUUUUUAAUAUGGACCAGUCAGUUUGAGAAUUGAGAGUGAAGUUUUGUUGCUAGUUUAACCACAUGUCUUACCACAAGUAUGGCCUAUUUGUAGAUAGAUAUGAGCCAUUCGUCUGAGCUAUGGCAUACCACUCUAAGUGCUGACUGAACCUUUUUUUUAAAUUACCACCAAUUAUGUGCAAUGAUAUAUGCUUCUGAUUAUUGAUAUAUCUAAAACAUUCCAUGAAUGGGCUUUUAAAAAUGUAUAUCUUGUUUAAAAGAAGAGCUGUAGACUCUCACGAGUAAACUCAAUACCAUCAAUAUGUGUUAAAUUCUCGUCUCCCAAUAAUUAUUAUUGUUUGUAGCUUGAGGAAAUACCCGGUUAUACGACAAAAGCAGACAGAUGCUAUAGACUCCCACACUGUUAAAAUUCUUUUUGAAGCUUACGGGAAUAUCCAUUUUUACGAUAAAAGUGGUGCUUUAGACGAGCACUGUUAGCAUUCUUUUUAUAGUUUACGGGAAUACCCAGACUACUUAAUUGUGAAAAUAAUAUAAGACCUAUCUCUAUAUUAUAAUUAUUCGAAGCCUGCUGUAAAGUGUCGGUUCACUAAUGUCCUUAUAAUGGCGAGAUUAAA